UUUCACUCAUUUUAAUCAUUCAAUCAGUCAUUGAAUUGCUUUUGAUUCACAAAACAAUUGGUUUAAGACAUGAAUGCCGUUAAGAGUGAAUCACUCGCAGCUGAUCCAGUGGUGGACACCAACAGCGGUGGCGAUGUGUCGGCGCCAAUGAACACGACAAUCGAUAAUAAACCCGAAAACCACUCGACCUCUGGAUUCGCUGCCAUUAAGCCGGAGUUCUUGGCGAAGGACACCAUCAGACACUUUGACACGAAAUAUCUGUCGAAACGCGUGGACACUAGCGAUGAGACAGUCGGCGACCAAUUGGCGGCCGAAGUGGCGGACAAUAGGGACGACAAGAAGGACGAGUCGACAGACGAUAACCCGAAGAAUAAUAAGAAGCGAUUCCGCGGUCAAAACAAAGGCCGACGAAAUCGGAUGAGACGCGAGUUCAACGAGAAGUCUUCGUUUAAUAACCAAAUCGAUGGCAAGAAGUUGUGUUUGAGUUAUGUCUGCGACAACGAGUGCUCGUACGGCCAGAAGUGUAUCCAUUCGCACGCUUUGGAGGAAUACCACCGAAAGGGUCUUCGCGUGGCCGACAUCGGCGACGAGUGUUAUGUGUUCUCCCGGUUCGGCAAAUGUCCGUUUGGUCUCAUCUGUCGAUUCGGUGGCAAACACUUGACGGACGGCUUCCGCAAUGCCAUCGAUUCGGACAAAUGGGCGCAAAUGUCGGCGCAGAAGACGUGCCGAAAUGUAUUGACAAAAGAGCUUCAGUUCAGUCUUCGGAAGCGAAGGUAUGACUUCUCGAAGGCUGAGGCGGUCACCGAUCGGCUUAAGGCGUGCGCCGCAGACACCAGUUAUGAGACACUGAAGUCGAGCUCAAGAACUGGUGGUGCGAGUGAUGGCACCGCACGUAAGACAAUAGACUUCGCGGGGAAGCUAUAUCUGGCGCCACUGACCACCGUUGGGAACCUCCCGUUCCGGCGUAUAUGCAAACAGUUUGGCGCAGACAUCACGUGCGGGGAAAUGGCGAUGGCGUCCAACCUAUUAGAGGGUCAACAGUCGGAGUGGGCGCUACUCCGGAGGCAUCCCUCCGAAGAUAUAUUCGGCGUUCAGAUCUGUGGCGCUAAUCCCCAAGUGAUGAGCCGAUGCGCGCAAGUAUUGCACGAGAACUGCGACAUCGACUUCAUUGACGUGAAUAUGGGAUGUCCUAUAGAUAUAGUCUACCAAAAGGGCGCCGGAAGUGGUCUAAUGGAAAGGCAUAAGAAAUUGGAUGAAAUUAUUUACGGUAUGUCAUCGGUGACCGACUGUCCCCUGACCCUCAAAAUGAGGACCGGUGUCUAUCAGCACAAGCAUAUCGCCCACAAAGUGGUGUCGGCUGUCAAGGAGUGGAAUGUGAUCGCCGGUUGCGAUACGGGUGCGACCGCACCGGUAGGUCUGAUGACAAUUCACGGCCGAUCGCGCGAACAGCGCUACACAAAGCGCGCGGACUGGGAGUACAUCAAUGAGUGUGCACUACAGGCCCGACCCAUACCUGUGUUCGGUUCGGGCGAUGUGUUGGGACACGAAGAGUAUUAUGAGAGAGUGGGCGCCGGUGGCUGUGUUGCCGGUGCUAUGAUCGGAAGGGGAGCACUGAUUAAGCCGUGGAUUUUCACUGAGAUUAAGGAGCGCCGGCUCUGGGAUAUCAGUGCCGGCGAACGGCUCGACAUUUUGCGCGAUUUCGUGAACUACGGACUCGAGAAAGGAAUUCAGAAUCAGUGG